AUGGCGGAUCAGCCCGCCUCUGCAUCAGUGGACAACCCCACGAUCUGGCGGGAUCUGUCGCUGUGGACCGCCCAACACCUUCAACAAGCCGUUAACAUCACGAAGCUCGCCCCUUCCUUCGAGGAUCUGGUACAGGCUGGCCCAAGGAUCGUCAAAAAGCUGACAGCAUUCAUUCCGGCUCCCGAUACACUUGAUGGCCUAGGCCAGAGAGUUAUUCCCGAAGCGACCGAACCCGGAAUCAUUCGUACGACCGACGCCGCUACGACCGCUGCCCUCAACAUGAACAUACCCCCUCCGAUGGAACAUCAUCAUGGGCUUGGGACAGGGCCGGGGCAUGAUACCCUAGUCGACCGUGAUACUGGAAUUGCCAGUCCCAAGUUUACCAUGGAAGGGGCAAAGGGUCUAGGCAGCGUCUUUAGCUAUGCUACGAGCAAAUGGGCCCUUUGCUGUAUCGCUAUGGCUAUUGUGCUCAAUCGCACCCACAUAUUUGCAGCUACGAGACGCCGUUUACGCCUGACCUUACCUAUCCGUCUCCUCCUGCGCGGUCUCCCGGUCUUACUAUUCCUCAUACAAGCCCGCGGUCUCCUACGCUCCAUACAAUGUCAAACAUCCCCUGACUUUGCUGAGAUGCGCUGGGGAAAUACUAGCAAGAGUUCAGAGUUGAUGUUCUCCCAAGCCGGCGGCUUUCUUCACACAAUGAGCUCCACACUCCUGCUUGGAGCUUCCGACCAAGAAUCAUGCACAGCCGUUGGCAUGGUGCCCGCGAACGACGAAGAUCCGACGCAGUAUUUGCGAGGGUCAUUGUCACUUCUGUGGCCGUUGUUCGGUACGUUCUGCCUCAGUCAAUUUCUCGAGACUGUGUCAUGCGCCGUUCAGGGCCGUCCCGUAUCGGCCGAAACGGGUAUGACACUAUUCGAGCAUUCACUCGCCUUCGCCGAGGCUGAUGCUGCGAUUAGCAAUCAGCUCGGUUGGGGCUUGUUUACCCAGUCACAGGCCGCUGAGGCGCUGUCUGAGCCAAGUAGCAGUAUUGCUAUUAGCCGCUCCAUGAUUCUUCGAAGGGUCAACACUCCGCCUGAAGUUCUCCUAGUGGCCUUCCUCUCAACUAUGAGCCACAUAACUAGCCACGUUCUGGGCAUCUUCAAUCUGCAAUCCAAAUUUCGCCUUGUCAACACAGGAUUUUGGGGCCUCUGUUUCAUGGCGAGCAUACUCUAUAGCGCUUUUACAUUUUCCCUGGAUGACCCUUCAAAACAAGGACUGCUCAGGUUUCCCACGGUUUGUAUCAUCGGUUUCAUCCCCCAUGUUCUUGUCCUCGGUGGCAUACUCAUCUGCCUUUCUAUCUAUCUGCUUGCGCUAGGCUUAGCCGCUCUCACCCCCAUGGAGGGGUCCACAGGCCAGCGUCUAACACUGCGCGAGCGGCUAGCUCAAGCCCAUGAGAAUAUGCAAGCCAAUUUGUCUUUGUCUGAUAUUCGUAUCGGCAUGGAUAUGGACUUCUAUACUGCCCUGUUGAGAACCGGCUUUGGUGCCAUCACAAUGGCCAGUGAAGCGGUUUACUUGAAUGAGGACCGAGACAUCAACCUCAGACACCGCACUUGGCUCGAGGAGGAGAGGUUUCGAGAGCUGGAGGAGUUGCGAGCGCAGUGGAUAGGAGCCAGCUCGUCUAACUCGCAGUACGACACCAUCGGCACCAUUGGCUUAGUCCCCGUGAUGGAUGACCACCUGCUGCCUAUAAACGGCUAUGCUCGCGAGCGAGCCGCGCAGAAGGUACCGAAGGCUCGUUCAGGCGAGCGUAGGGUCAGGGAUGGAGUUGGCGCUGCGGAAAGAAGUGGAAGGUGGCUCAUGGCGCUGGAUUUUCUCAUGAAUAUCAACAGGUUGAUAAUCCGAACCUGGGCCACCGCUGCCAUCAAAAUUCUCUCCAAGAUAGGCGUUCGUUCGCCACAGUUUCUCUUAUGGAUAGCACGCCGGCCCAAAACUGCCACCGACAGCGUCAAACGAAACGGCAGUGAACAUCAUGUCGACCCCACCAUCGAAUCUAUGCAGUCCACCAUGGACAUCCCGAUAAGCGAGGCCGUCGAUGUUGAAACAGAAUUCAGACAGCAGGCCUGGAGAAGAAGCAGUAGCUCAGCAUUCAUCGACGAGACAGAUCUGGAUACGCGGCUCUAUGGCUGGUGGUUGAAGGGCGGAUAUUGGGGCUCUACGGACAAUAGUGGUGAAUACCAACCUGAGGAGACCGCCGAUGAUGACACCACUAGUGUCGUCUCGUUCAACGCCAACGACGACAGCGAUUGGGAAUCAGAGCAUGACGGGCAGAGAACACCGACGCAACCGGGAUCCUGGACAACCAGAGAUACCACACCAACGCCUGACGACGCUUUACAGUUAUCGGAUUUGGCCCGCCUACUGCAUCCCAGCAAUCCUGAAGAGAGAGAUGAGGCGUUUACACUGGCCGCCCACUUGGCUAGUGAUAGGAUCAUGACAAGGGCACAGUUCAAGAGGUCGCAGCAGUUACAACGGAUGAAGAUACUGCAACCAGUCGGAAGACCAGGCCAAGAAUCAACUAGGCCGUGCAAGAUGACCCCUGACGAAGAGGCUCAGCGCCUGGAGCAACUUCUGCUAUCUCGCCGUUCUGACACUCCCCGAGCUCUUCACAGCGAGUCGACAUGGGCAGAAGGGGCCGCCGGGCUAGGUCCCGAUGGCCCUCAAUGCGUCGUAUGCCAGAGCUCUCCAAGGACAAUCAUUGUCUGGCCUUGUCGCUGCCUGAGUCUUUGCGACGACUGCCGGGUGUCCUUGGCCAUGAAUAACUUUGAUAAAUGCGUCUGUUGUCGCAGGGAAGUAAUCAGUUUCAGCAGGAUUUUCGUCCCCUGA